ACAGGCGCCUGCGCCGCAGCGGGGCUGCUGCUGGUUGGUUCGCACGUGGAACCUCUCCUGGUCCUGUUGACCCGGGCCCCUCGGAACCUCCAGCUUGGUCCGGUCUGGGACUGGACGCCUGCCAUGGCGGCUUCUGCGGCGGAGACGCGCGUGUUUCUGGAGGUGCGGGGACAGCUGCAGAGCGCGCUUCUGAUCCUGGGAGAACCAAAAGAAGGAGGUAUGCCCAUGAAUAUUUCCAUAAUGCCAUCUUCACUCCAGAUGAAAACCCCUGAAGGCUGCACAGAAAUUCAGCUUCCAGCAGAGGUCAGGCUUGUACCUUCCUCUUGCCGUGGGCUACAGUUUGUUGUUGGAGAUGGACUGCACCUGCGACUGCAGGCACAAGCAAAAUUAGGCACAAAACUGAUUUCAAUGUUUAAUCAAAGCUCGCAAGCCCAAGAAUGUUGCACGUUUUAUUGCCAAUCCUGCGGUGAAGUCAUAAUAAAAGACAGGAAGCUCCUCAGGGUGCUCCCACUGCCGAGUGAGAACUGGGGAGCUCUAGUUGGAGAAUGGUGUUGUCAUCCUGACCCCUUUGCUAAUAAAUCACUUCAUCCGCAAGAGAAUGACUGUUUUAUUGGAGACUCUUUCUUCUUGGUGAAUUUAAGAACCAGUCUGUGGCAGCAAAGACCUGAACUAUCCCCAGUGGAGAUGUGCUGUGUUUCUUCUGACAACCAUUGUAAAUUGGAACCAAAGGCAAAUACCAAAGUAAUUUGUAAGCGUUGCAAGGUAAUGUUGGGAGAGACCGUGUCAUCAGAAACCACCAAGUUUUAUAUGACAGAGAUAAUUAUUCAGUCAUCUGAGAGGAGUUUUCCUAUCAUACCAAGGUCUUGGUUUGUCCAGAGCGUGAUCGCCCAGUGUCUGGUGCAGCUCUCCUCUGCUAGAAGCACUUUUAGAUUCACGAUUCAAGGUCAGGAUGACAAAGUGUAUAUCUUGCUAUGGCUUUUAAAUUCAGACAGUUUGGUGAUUGAAUCUUUGAGAAAUUCCAAAUAUAUCAAAAAAUUCCCCUUGUUGGAAGACACAUUGAAAGCCGAUUCUAGUUCUGCCUGGAGUGCUGUCAAGGUCCUCUACCAGCCAUGCAUCAAAAGCAGGAAUGAAAAACUUGUCAGCUCGUGGGAAAGUGACAUCAGCGUCCACCCGCUAACCCUGCCCUCUGCAACCUGCUUGGAGCUGCUGUUGAUAUUAUCAAAGAGUAAUGCCAAUCUGCCUUCAUCCCUUCGCCAUAUGAAUUCCUUUCAGGUGGUAUCCAGGUUAUGACAUCAUCACCAGAUGCUCAGGCACCCAGGUCAGAACCCUUGGAAUCAAGGUACAGCCCCUCCUCAUAAUCCUCCUCCUCUGUGAGUCUCCUCUGUCCUCUUAUUCUAGUUUGACUGCUUCUGCUCUGCUUCCCACCCUCAUAUUCCUACCUGGCAACAUUGUCACAACUACCAACUUACCAAAGUCCCUUUCUCCCUACGUCCUCCUAGCCCCAAUGCAUCCUGCAGUUGCUGGCUAGAAAAUUUUCCAAAACCAGGACUCUGAUCAUGUCACUCUCCUCCAAACUUCAUAGCUCCCUCAUACAUGCAGAAUUCUCUCCAGACCUCUCAGCCCGGCUUUCAAGGUCCUCCACAACUGAAUCCUGCAAUUGACUGAAUGUUUCUGUCUCCUUAAAAUUCGUGUAUUGAAAUCUGAACCCUCAAUGAGAUGGUAUUAGGAGGUGGGACCUUUUGGAAGGCAAGUAAGUCAUGACAGAAGAGCCCUUAUGAAUGAGAUAAGAGACUUUAUAAAAGAAACUCCAGUGAGCCCUCUUGUCUUCUUUCCCUCACAUAAGGACAUAACAAGAAGUCAGCAAUCUGCAAACCAGGAAAGAGCCUGCACCAGAGCCCAACAACGAUGGCACCCUGCUCUUGGACUUCCAGGCUCCAGAACUGUGAGAAAUAAAUUUCUAUUGUUUGUAAGCCACGGAGUCCAUGGUGCUUUAUUAUAGCAGCCUGAGCUGACUAAGACAGGUCCUAACCUAUCUUUCUGGCCUUUUUGCCCACAAUUCCUCACUGAUGUUAACUUUCGGAGUAUGCUAGCCAGACUCCCCUGAGGCCUCCCUCAUGCUUUCUAUUCUCCUCUUCACACCUUGUUAAUGAAGUGCCCCUGCCUGAAACACCUCUGCCCAAACCCAUCCCACUUCUUAAAACCUUUCCUCAUUUUUUCAGGCCGAAUGAGUUACUCCCCCAGGUCCCCCAUAGCAUUUGCUUAUACCUCACAUUCCCUGCAUUAUGUCACAGCCUUUUGGGUUGAAGACUUUCUCCCCAGUUACACUAUAAGACUUUUAUGAUGAAUGACCCGGUCUUAUUCAUUAGUGUGAUGUCACUACUUAGUAGUAAGUCUACUGAAAUGCAUUUUGCUGAAAUGAAGACACAAUCACUUGGUCCUGAGUAGAGGCUACCUUUGAAAAUGACCUUAAUGGCCUCUUUCUUCUCUGAACCAGAAGAUCAUCCUUGAUAAGAGACCAUAUCUUGAAGGAGUAGGUAGUUAUGAAGCCACAUGGAACAGGGUGGCUUAGAAACAUAUCCAGAGCUUUUUACUGCACAAAGCCCAAACUAGGCUAAUUAACUGAAGUGAAGGCAGGAAGAAAGUUUACAGAGUUAUGUACCUUGGCAUAUUCUUAACAAUGUGGAUAUUUUUUCAUAAAAAGGGGAUCCUAAAUCAUUUUCUACUUUUCUUUGUGUGUGUGCAAUCGGCAUGGGGCAAAUCUGACAGGAUACUAGGAUGCCACACAGAAUAAAAUCCGUAGAUAUUAUUUUUUAAAUUAUAUAUUGACAAAUUGUAUAUAUUUACAGGGUACAAAGUGAUGUCAUUUUUAAACAUAAUGUGCCAUAAUUAAAUCAAGUGAAAUAAUAUAUCCAUCAUCUCAAACAGCUCACUUUUUUUGUGAUAAGAACAUUUGAAAUUUAUUGUUUUAGUGAUAUUGAAAUAUACAGUACUGGGCCAUGUGUGGUGGCUCAUGCCUGUAAUCCUAGGACUUUGGGAGGCCGAGGUGGGCAGAUCACAUGAGGUCAGGAGUUCAAGACCAGCCUGGUCAACAUGGCGAACCCUCCUCUCUACUAAAAAUACAAAAAUUAGCCAGGCAUGGUGGCUCACGCUUGCAAUCCCUGCACUUUGGGAGGCCGAGAUGGACAGAUCAAUUGAGCUCAGGAAUUUGAGGCCAGCUGGCCAACAUGAUGAAACCCUGUCUCUACUAAAAGUACAAAAUUUAUUAGCCAGGCAUGGUGGCACAUGCAUGUAAUCCCAGCUACUUGGGAGGCUGAGGCAGGAAAAUCACUUGAACCUAGGAGGCAGAGGUUGCAGUGAGCCGAGAUCACACCACUGCACUCUAGCCUAGGCAUCAGAGUGCAACUCCAUCUC